CAUCCGAUGUAGAGUUUUCUUCUUCCAUUUAAAAAUAAUGAGGAAAUUUUCCCUCUAGGGCUGGUGGAGAUCAUGCUGUAAAUCUGAUUUCGAUAGAAAUUAGCUGGGUAGAGAUUAUUUUCGCGAGGAAAAAAAUUCCCCUUUCUCUCUCGUUGAACCUGGUUGAUUGAUUAGGAUUCGAAUCAAUAGUGAGCGUAAAAGUCUUUGAUUUCGAAGAAGAGAGGAACAUGGGUGUGAAGCAGGCUCUGAGGAGCCUUGAUGCGUUUCCUCGGGCAGAGGAUCACUUGCUUCAGAAGACGCAAUCCGGUGCCAUCGUGUCGGUUAUUGGCCUCGUUGUAAUGGUCACUUUGUUCUUGCACGAGCUCAGUUACUAUCUCAACACAGUUACAGUUCAUCAGAUGUCAGUGGACUUAAAGCGUGGAGAAACUCUUCCAAUCCAUAUAAACGUGACAUUUCCUUCUUUGCCUUGUGACGUAUUGAGUGUGGAUGCUAUCGACAUGUCGGGCAAGCAUGAAGUGGAUCUUGACACAAACAUUUGGAAACUCCGUCUCAACGGCCAUGGUCAUAUCAUUGGCACGGAGUAUAUAUCUGAUCUUGUUGAAAAGGAACAUGAUCAUUCAUCAUCUCAUCACAAGCAUGAAGACGGGAAAGAAGAACAUAAGGAUCAUACCGAAACAUUCAAUUUUUUGGGAUUUGAUCAAGCUGCUGAGAAGAUGAUUAAGAAGGUGAAGGAAGCAUUGGAAAAUGGAGAAGGAUGUCGGGUCUAUGGUGUUCUAGAUGUUCAAAGGGUUGCUGGAAACUUCCACAUCUCAGUGCAUGGCUUGAACAUUUACGUUGCUCAGACGAUUUUUGGAGGGUCCAAAAAUGUAAACGUGAGUCAUAUAAUUCACGACUUAUCAUUUGGGCCGAAGUACCCCGGAAUUCACAACCCACUCGAUGGCACAGUGCGAAUUCUGCACGACACAAGCGGAACAUUCAAAUACUACAUAAAGAUUGUUCCGACAGAGUAUAGAUACCUCUCAAAAGAAGUUCUGUCAACUAAUCAGUUCUCUGUGACGGAAUACUACUUGCCAAUGAGGGAGUUUGACCGUACAUGGCCAGCGGUUUACUUCUUAUACGAUCUGUCGCCAAUCACGGUGACAAUCAAGGAAGAACGUCGUAGUUUUCUCCAUUUCAUCACCCGGCUUUGCGCUGUGUUGGGCGGUACAUUCGCUUUGACGGGAAUGCUGGAUCGUUGGAUGUUCCGUUUGAUCGAAUCACUCACGCGGAAGCCGAGUUCAAGAAGCAUACUCAAGUGAGUGAACGCACCCAAAAAAAAAAGAGAAGCCGAUCAUAGAAGUGUACACACACACACAAUCAGUCCAAGAUUCUCGGAGGGGACAGAACAUGAAAGAAGAUGCGAAACUCAGUCGAUAACUCAGAAGAUGCAGAUUUCUUGUAACUUUUUGUGCAUUUGAAUCUUUUUAGCUAAUGUGUUCUUGCAUUAUGGUUUUAGGUUUACGUUACAUUUCCUAAGGAUAUGCAUGCAUAUAUCCAAUGGGUUAUCCGAUUAAUUACACAA